GAGUUGAGCAAUCCUUUAAUCAUCAUCCAAUUGAAAUUCAACCUCAACUGAACGGAUAAGAGAAAGAGAGCCCUCUCACCAGAGAGAAAGAGAACGAGAGAGAGAGAGACAUGGCUUCACUUUCAUGCUCAUUGCUGAACCUUCCCUCCCAAAUGAGAAGCCUUACCCUAACUUCAUCUUCUUCCACUUCAAAUUCCCUUUCUCUAUCUUUCUCCCGGAACAUUUCUCACACCGUCUUUCAACAAGGUAGGUUGUGGUUGAGUACCGUACAGAGGCGCGGCGUUGUAGUUUGCGAGGCGGCUCCCGAAAAGGUUGAUUCCGCACUUAAGAGAGCUCGACAAGCCGAGAAACGUCGCAUUUAUAACAAAGCUCGUAAAUCUGAGAUAAGAACACGUACCAAGAAGGUUUUGGAAGCACUGGAUUUGCUCAGAAAGAAAUCUGAUGCACAAGCGGAAGAAAUCCUCUCAAUUGAGAAGAUGAUUGGAGAGGCAUACUCUAUAAUUGACAAAGCAGUGAAAGUGGGCACACUGCAUAGAAACACCGGAGCAAAUCGCAAGUCUCGGCUGGCCAGAAGAAAGAGGGCAAUAGAAAUUCAUCAUGGUUGGUAUGCUCCUGUCCCUCAAGAAAGUGCCUGAAACAAUCCCUAGUGAGAACUUAAUACAUAUUUCUCUCACUGCUCAAAUCCUGUAUUUUAGUUUUUUUUGACUUCAGUUCAAUUUGAUUUAGUAUGCCAUCAUCAUGUAGAGACUCCAUUUGAUGUUAACAGCAUCUUCGAAAUUAGCCACCGUUGUAAGUUGUAUUUUUCCCUUAUUGUUAUAUUGCUUAAAUUGCCUCCUUGACUUAAUAAUAGUUGAUCUGUGAUUAAAA